AUGGAGUGGCUAGGCUUUCUCAGGCGAAAAGUUUGGGCGGAUGCGGGAUUCGGCUCAUUGCGAGAUAUCAGGCAACACAUUGAGGACACUGAGCCUCGAUUCGAUCCCACCGUCUUUCCACUUGAAGAUGCUGGCUUAGAAGCUUCAGAAGGUCGAGAGGAUGCGGGUGUGAGAGAAGGCUCGGAGGUACCAACGCGAGUCCUUUUGCCUUGGAAGAAGUAUUCCGUGGCAGAUUAUCGAUCUCUUUAUCUCUCGGGUGAGUUGACGCCAUUGGAUGUUGUUCAUUCCAUUCUUCCCCUGAUCCGACGAGACACUUCGCCACCAGGUGAGCACUCCAUGGCCUGGUUCCAUGUCAACGUUGACUUGGUCAUCAGGGCUGCUGAGGCUUCCACGUUGAGAUACAAAGAAGGACGAUCUCUUGGGCUGCUGGACGGUAUCCUGACGGCCGUCAAGGACGAGUACGACAUGGAAGGUUAUAUAACAACUCUUGGGUCUGUGAAUGACUAUACAGGCAAGAUUUUCAACGAGGACGGUAAGAUUGACGCCUGGUGCGUGAGAAAACUGGCCGAUGCAGGAGCUAUCAUCAUGGGCAAACUCUCAAUGCAUGAGUUUGGCAUGGACACAUCUAGCAAUAACAUGACUUAUGGAACUCCGUUAAAUCCAUACAACCAAAACCACUAUACAGGCGGCAGUUCCUCCGGUUCAGCCUACGCCGUUGCUGUAGGCCUUGUCCCCAUCACACUGGGCAGUGACGGUGGCGGCAGUAUUCGCAUACCUUCGUCUUUCUGCUCUGUCUUUGGCCUCAAGACAACCCACGGCCGACUGUCUAGCCAUCCAGGGCAGAACCACAGCAACACUUGUGGAGUCAAUGGGCCUAUUGCAGCAGACAUGCGCUCCCUUGCAGCCUUGUACGAGGUUAUCAGUCGGCCGCAUCCUACGUCUCACUUCCCCUUGACAUCCCAAGUAACAAAGUACGACCCAUAUCGGCCCAAAGUCAUUGGCAUCCCAGAAGCUUGGUUUCAACGCGCCACGUCGGCAAUCCAGGAAUUGUGCCGCGGCAUGAUUGACUGGCUCGUUGCACGCAAAGGCUACAGUGUCGUUCCCAUCACGAUGCCCUUUGUUGAGGAGGGCCAGAUGGCUCAUGCGCUGACGAUACUCACCGACGCGGCCACACUACUGCCCGACACCCGCGGACUUUCGCCCGCAAAUCGCAUCCUCCUCGCUCUAGGCCGCACCACCCCAGCCACCGACUAUCUUCUUGCCCAGAAGCUGCGCCGUGUGUUGAUGCAACAUCUCGCCUGGCUUUGGCAGACUUACCCGGGCAUGGUCAUUGUGACACCCACCAGCGGCUGCGCUGGCUGGCGGAUCCGCUCCGAGGCUGAGCUCAAGUACGGUGUCAACGAUGGUGAUAAAACGAAAAAGACGAUGGAAUACGUGUGGCUGGCUAAUUUCUGCGGAGUACCGAGCCUCAGCGUGCCGGUGGGCUAUAUUAUUCCCGAAGGACACGAGGAUGAGGGAGAGGUUGCUGAUUCGGACACGGUGGGCAAAAUUCCUGUAGGGUUGAUGGCCACGGGUGAGUGGGCGUCCGAACUUGCACUCAUGCAGUUUGGGCUGGAUUCAGAGGAGGCAGGCCUUGAUAGGCAGUGCCGGCCGCCGAAUUGGGUUGACGUUGCUGAGCUUGCAAGACAACGAAGGGGCGAAAGUAUACUGUGA